CACAUUUUUUAAAACUAAACUUAAAAUUCGAACAAAUUCCUGUAACUUUUGUUUUCUCGCAUUUACUUUUAAAUGUAGCUCUGUAUUUUUUUUUCAUAAUUAAUUUGUGCUACUUUCUGUAUCAUUAUAAAUGCUGUGGCACUGUAGAUAAAUUAUAAGACGGAAAACUUGAAAACUGAAAUUUUCAGCUUUAAUUUUCACAACUAAUGAAGCAUUGACAAAAAAGUUCUAUAAUUUUAAAUUUUAAUGAAUAUAAAUUCUUUAUCAAUCGAAUUACCAAUAUGCGGAAAAUCUGUUAUUAUUUUUAUUAUAAGCUUCAUAUGUGCUCUCAAGUUAUUUCAAACAACCCUUCUCUGAUCAAAAUGAAUGACUCGACAAAUGGAGUCACAGACAAGGGGUUCUGGUUUGGAGAGAUCUUAACAACCCCUCGUUUCAACCCUCGGUACCGAUUGUGACCCACGUGGGUCAGAUACCGAAUCAUAUCUCAUUCUUGUGCUCACGUAUUCGUAUCAUAGCUUGCAACGUCCUUGCUAAGUAUAUUUUAAUUCCAAAACUUUUGGACAUUUUUAAAAAGAUUACAUCUUGAAAAUAAACGAUGAAUAAAUUUGAGAGAAGUUCAAAUUUUAAUAAUCAAAAAUCUGACAGAUAUGAAAACUGCAGAUUUUUAAAUAAAUGUAAAGGUUGUGACCACCUUUCUUGCUUCACUUUAUAUAUAUUCUACAUUCUGAGUUUUGCAAACAAAGUCCUGCAUGCCUAUUGUUUGCAGUUUUCUACUGAAGAAAUAAGAGAAUCUACCUUUUAACAAAUGGAGACAGAGACCCAAUUAUUUUGUUGCUGUGCAGAUAACAAAUCAUAGAGUCCAAGAAAACAUAAAGAGAGUGCAGCGUUACAUUGUACAACAGGACAGGCGUCUUCAUGAAUGUAUGAAUGCAAUACCUACCUUACACAUCACUUUGAUGGUGAUGAAUAUAAAUAAUGGGGAUACUCAUGAAAGGGCCUUGAAGGCACUCCAUAAUGUUUAUGAUGAAUGCAAUGAAAUAAUACACAAGGACCCAUUACAACUAGAAUUUUCUGGUUUGGGACAUUUCAGUGAUCGUGUUCUGUUUGCAAAAAUAAAAAAGGAUUGGCAGUAUGGGAGGCUUUGUGCUUUAGCAGAAUGUGUUAAAAAACAUUUUGCUGAGGCCAACAUUUUUUCUACGGAUUCAAGGCCUUUUAACCCUCAUUUGACUAUUGCCAAAACCAAUUUCUCUUUGUGGGAACAAAAAGGUUUGGCAAAAAUUGAACCAAAUUUAUAUACAUCUCUUAUAAAUAAUCAUAUUGGAUUCCAGACCAUUGCUGGUAUACAAUUGUUAUGUAUGACGGGUCCUAAGGAUGAUGCCGGUUAUUAUACUGGGAAUAGUCUGAUUUUCAGAUCACCUGCCUCCAGUAAUGAACCUCACCAGAAAAGAAGAGAUGUUUUAAGAAAAUGAGUUACUUUUACUGUCAUGUAUUUGUAAUUUUGUUAAUUUUAUCAUACAUUGUGUAACUUUUGUAUUGUACAGACCACUUGUAAAUUAUUAAAUUUAGUUGU